AUGUCAUACCUCUCACCAUACCAUCCAGAUCAACCUGAACCAUCCAUCCCCGCAUUCGACCUCUCGACCAUCCCUGAUGAAGAUAUCGACCAUCCUUCGGGGAAUGCCGAGCUCUUGCCCAAGGCUUUGAAGUCACCCAAUGACAGAAGAGUGAUCUUCCCUCCUCUGGUUCUGGGUUGUUCGACAUUCGGAUAUGGGAUUUACGCCGAUGACGAUAAUGUAAAGUCGAGUUUACCUUUGAGGAUAGUAAGGUUGGCCAUGAGAUGUGGGAUUAAUGCUUUCGAUACUUCACCAUGGUAUCAUCCUUCCGAAAUUGUCCUCGGACAGAUAUUCAAAUCACUCGAUUACCCCAGAGGAUCCUAUCAUCUAAUCACAAAAGUCGGUAAAUACGGACCUAAUUCCAGCGAUCACCAUUUCGAUCCUGAGACAAUAAAAAAAUCUGUGGAAAGGAGUUUGAAGAGGAUGAAUACUGAUUAUCUUGAUGUUGUUUACUUACACGAUAUCGAAUAUAUCCUUCCUCCACCUUCAUACUCUGGUAACCCUCUUGAUUCCCUCUCCGAAAUCCUCAACUCUCCCUCAACUCCAAGCAAAGAAGAACAAAUUCUUCUCACCGCCAUCGAGACUCUUCGAUCCCUGCAAGCAGAAGGGAAGAUACUUCAAGUCGGAAUUGCAGGUUACCCCUUACCAAUUCUCCUACGAAUCGCUCUACUGGUGUAUCAAACUAGUGGAAAGGGUUUAGACGUCUUACAAACAUAUUCUCAUCAGACUAUUCAAAACUCCUCCCUAUCCUCAGGAUACUUACAAGCAUUUACCGAAAAAGCUAAAGUCUCUCAAGUGGUGUCUGCCGCACCAUUAUCAAUGGGAUUAUUAACUUCUUCUGGUGGACCUAGUUGGCAUCCUGCAAGAUCUCAUACCAAAUUAUACGAAACGACUAGAAAAGUAUCAGAAAGAUGUGAAGCGGACGGAACGAGCAUUGAAGAGGUAUCAUUACGAUUUGGAUAUCGACCAUUGAAACAGACCGAAGGCAAAAAAGUACCGAUCGUAGUUGGAUGUACAGAGUUGGAACAACUACAUUCAACAUUGAGGAAAUGGAAGGAAGUAAAUCCAUCUUUCGUCUUUGAAGAGCGGGAGAAACAGCAAGAGAAGUAUGAAAAGCAAGAUAACGAGAAAGUUGAAUUUGAAAGAGAGUUGGAGAAGAUGUUUGAAGAUGAAGGUGUUAAGAAUUGGAGUUGGGCUUGUCCAAGUGAUCAACAAAGGGAAGGUUAG